AUGGUGGAAGCAGCACUAGCUGCAUGCUAUCUGCCAACUAAUUGUUCAUUUUUCUCAUUAAUCUUUGCUGCCUUGUUUUCCAUAUCAGGACGUCAUGUUUGUGAAUGCCAAGCAGCCAAGCACAAGUUGAUUAACAACUGUGUCCACUGUGGGCGAGUAGUAUGUGACCAGGAAGGGUCAGGCCCUUGUCUGUUUUGUGGACACCUGGUCUGUACAAAGGAAGAGGAAGAGAUUUUGUCCAGAGGUUCCAAAAAAAGUGAAAAACUACGCCAGUUUUUGCUUAGAGACCAAAGUGAUGCCAGUGAUGGGAGCAAAGAGAUUUUUCGCCUCACUCAACCUAAUGCUAAGUCAAAAUUUGAUGCUGCUUUGCAACACAAAGCUAAACUGCUAGAAUAUGAUAGAACAAGUGCAAAAAGGACACAGGUUAUUGAUGACCAAUCGGACUAUUAUUCAGUAGAUACCCAGUGGCUGUCAAAAGACGAAAAAAAGAAAUUGGCAAAAAGAGAAGAGGAAAUAAGACAGUUGAGACAUGGGUCUAGGCUGGACAGGAAGAUCACCUUUGAUUUUGCUGGCAGGAGAGUUUUAGAUGCGGAAAUGGACAACACAGUCACGGGGAGGGAAGAUGCUGUGGUUCAGGAAAUUUAUUAUGGUGCUAAGCCUAAGCAACCUCUCCAUAAGCAGCCGCUUAAUCAGUCUAGUCUCAUUAAUCCUCACAUUGGACAGGUAGCGCCAAAGUUCGUAGCAACAGAAGUGCCAGACAGGGUGCCAGCCUCAUCAGAUGUAACCAACAAACCUGUGGACAAACGUUCAGCAGUGAGACUCCAGGAUCGGGAACUCCAGGAGAUGUCGGAUGAGGGAAUGUGUCUCAGCAUGCACCAGCCCUGGGCCUCUUUACUCAUCCAAGGAAUAAAAAUGCAUGAGGGACGGAGCUGGUAUUCCCCCCAUAGAGGACGCCUGUGGAUAGCUGCCACUUCAAAAAGUCCAGAACCAGAAGUUAUAGCUACACUAGAACAGGAGUACAGAUUACAGUAUCAAAAUUGUACUUUAAAUUUCCCCAAAAUGUACCCCACUGGCUGUUUGCUAGGCUGUGUUGAUGUGCAGGACGUAUUACCACAGGACCAAUAUAGAGAAAAAUUCCCAGACGGAGAAUCCUCAUCACCGUAUGUAUUCAUUUGUGAGUCUCCACAGGAAUUAGUGCUUAAAUUUCCAAUCAAGGGAAAGCAUAAAAUUUAUAAAUUAGAGGCAAACAUACACCAAGCUGCCAAGAAAGGACUAAAGCAGGUUGCUACCAUCACUAAGUAAGGCUGAGGAAUAAUGUGACAGAUGGGAUCUGAAGGUGAACUUGGCAGUGUUUUCAGGCUUUGGCUUUCACUACCAGUCAUUACAGUAGUUUUUUUUAUAUCAGUCAUUGGUCAAGUUAACACAACAACUUUGACAUUCCUAUAGAAAACAACCAUCAAUGCAAGUGUGAUUUUAAAUGAUGGGUAUAACAGUGAGUUUAAAACUUAAACAAAGAAAUGAUCUUGUUUCAUGUCAUGCGAUUUGAUGCCAAAUGUAUCUGCUGAUUUUCUUGUAACUUGGAGAAAAAAGUUCUUUCUUGUCACCUGUUUAAGGUUGAUAUAUGUCCACCCUCUACACUGAAUAUAUGCAAUCAUUUUGAAUGGCAUUGAUAUUCGUAAGUGAUCUUUAAUUUCAGAUUUUACUUUGCUUUUAGUAUUAUUGCAAAAUUCUAUGACUUUGUAAAGUCUUGCUAACAAGAAUAGUUCUCAAAAAAAGAAGAGGUUCCUCAGGUUCCUGUUAGGGAUGCUGUAAAUGAUUUCUAUUUAUGUGAGUUAUGGAAGUAAAACAGUUGAGAGAAAAAGGAUACUGGCAUAACAAAAGCGAUACUGAUGUGAUGGACUCCUAAAAGGAGGGUCAUACUGUAUUCAUUGUUUGGGUUUGGCCAUCUCAUUUCAUUUAUGAAAAUGGGAUUUUAUUUAUAAUAAU